AUGAUGGCCUUUGCAGGUACUGGUAAUCCAACAGAUGAAGACACAUUGAGUUCUUCACCCUCUAAACUGAACAAAGGAUCACCAAGACGCAUAUCAACAGCUGUUGAUAAGUCAACACCAUCACGAGGGCACAGACCAUCGGUGAUCCCCAAAAGACAGAUCCUUGAAAAAUCACGGUUGCCAUCUUCACCUUGUAUUGAAACCUCAUGUGCAGUACCACUAGCAACAACGUUGACCAGGGAACAGGACAUCAAAAAACAACAAAAAACCAGAACAUCAACACCAAGAAAAUUGGCACAUAGUCCUGGACCAGUGACAAAUUUUACCCACAUAAUUGAAAGUAGUUUUGAUGUUUUGAAUAAUGAGAAUAACCAGUUUCCUCAGUAUCAAGAUGUGUCGUUUCAACCUGACGAAGUGGUUGGUGAAUUUGGGUACAACAACACAUCAACAUGCUCAACAUCCAGCUUCCCAGUUCAACCUCUCAUAGGUAAAAUAGUAAUUACCGUGACUUUUGGAUCAAAAUUUUUUUUAGGACAGGUGCAUAUUUUGUCAAAUCGAGAUUAAAUCAUACCUUAAUCACUUUAGUCAACAGA